GGUACACACCGAAGCAUCUUUGUAUUCAAGCUUGAUUCGCGAACUCUCUACGUCAAUAUCUUUGCGACACCAGGUAAUAUUAAGUCGAUCAGAAUCGCCAGCACCUCCCCAAUUCUUCAUAGAAUCCGAUCAACGGUAAAAGCUAUUUUUUAAACACCAGUUAAGCUUCUUAUUGGUCCUACUAUAUCGCUGUUAAUAACAUUCAACCACGUUUAAGAUGUGUCAACAGUGGCUACUGAAGUACAAGGUUUGUGGACAUUUCGAUAGAGACGAAGAACUCGUCUAUUGCGAAAAAUUCAACUCUUCCUUUCCCGAGCGCUGUCUACGGAGUUUCGGGUCCGAUAUCAUCCGACCAUAUACCCCUGGAGAUGGUGAGUGUUAUAGGUGCACCGGGCGUAAAUUCUUAGAUGCUCAAUGGGAUCGAACCAUAAGCACAGAUAUGGACGACACACGAUUGGCCUUCAGUCUUGCGAGAGAACGUCUUUUCUCGUUCAACUUCGUCACGGUGAUGGAUCUACAAAAAGCACAGGACCUGUUAACUUAUACAUACCUAUCCCAGGGUGUCGUAAUGAAUGUACGAAAUAUGCUGAAGAUAUUUGGCUACGAGCAUCCAAGGCUUGAGACCGAGGUUGAUAUGGAUAACCAAAAUAGUUGGAGAGGAGAAACUCCGUUUACUCCAGCAAGCGAAUAUAUGUUCCAAUAUGCACCUCCUCCAACACCGAAUAGUGCGGUCCUAUUUGGAACGGUCGUAUCUACACCCGCCGAGGACCCGGGGGCAAAUUAGGAUAGUUAUGACGCGCCUCUGAGUUACAUGCCAACUCCUUGGUCUAUAAGAAUGCC